CUUCCCAAAUAAAUAAAACACAAAGUGUCUAGUAAUGGGUUAAAAAAUUCCUUAAUGUAGUUUUAAAUCUAGAAUUUUGUGUGAUUCUAACUAAAUAAUGUUUAAUUCAAGGAUCUGGUGUUUUAUAGCUGUAGAUUUGUUUCUGUAGUGGUUUAUUUGUUAUAAUUGUGAACUCAUAAUGCGACUUUUUAUAGUUUUUUUUUUCAUUAUUAUUAUUAUCAUUAUUAUUAUCAUUACUAUAUCAGAUGUGCUCACAGUCUUCAGAACAACCAAGCAGCUUUUACAGGAUUUAACGGUUAAUUCACGUCGUGUUCGUGUUUGAUCAAAUGACCGUGUUCUUAAUAAUUAUAUAUAAUUAGGGCUCGUGGAACAGGAUUUUGGGAUUUGAGCUCCGGCUCUGCUGUGUGCACCUCAUUAGCAAAUCGUGUUUAAUAACAUCUCAGAUAUCUUUAUUUCAGAUAAUAAACCUGAAAUAAAGCAAGAAGAUCUUUAGAUAGUGUAGGUUUUGUCGUAAUUUAAGAUCAUAUCAAAUUAAAUAAGAAACUUACAUUUUUGUUUGACUCGUCUGAUUGUUUUUUUUGGCCUUGAGUAGAGCUUCAUUCCCCUGAGAUCAGAUUAAAUGAUUAUCCCCUGAGGUGCAGGACGUUCUGAGUUUGUUCAGACUGUAAAAUGAGCCGUUAUGUACAUAAAGGAAGUGUAUAAAAUAUAUAACGAAGGUCUGGUUUCCAGGCUAUAAGUAGUUUUUGAAACUAAUGUUUUGAUCAUCAGAAGCUUAAAAACUUUCGACUUUAGUGGAAAUAAUGUCUCGUCUCUUUGGUGCUCUUCUCGUUUGCUGCUUUUUGCCGUCUGUGGUGCCGCUGUUCUGUUACAAGUGUGUGGUUCCUGCUGUCUCACCUAUACCUCGGGACUGUAUCCAUAUCCCUACGUUUUGUCCUACAGGACAGGGCUGUCUCUCCAGCAAGGCCACCGCACAGAAAGGUGACAUUCAGGUGGUCCUGCGUGAAAAGAGUUGUUCACUCCCAGCCAUGUGUGGGGUCACCGGACACAAGGUCGUAAUGGGUUUAAACUUCACCUAUACCACCGAGUGCUGCGAGUCAAACCUGUGUAACGGAUCUGCUGUCCCCAGGAGCGUCUUUUCCAUCAGCACCCUGCUCUGUCUUCUUCUUCCGCUUGUAUUUUUCAUCUGAACUUUUUGUACUAAGAAAGUCAAUGUCAGAAUGUAGAGAUGUACCAGUUCUUUAGCGAGCACCUGAGACGGUCAUGACUAUCACUUACUUACCAGAUGCCACCAUCUUGUGGUCAAAUGUUGAAACACAGUCACAGUGACACCAUUUCCUUGCAUUUGAGCUACCUUUAGAUUUAGAUACCAGUUCGGCUGGCAAAAACAUAUACAAACAGUAAUCAGUAGUCUGCUGAACAUUUACACAUGGGGAUGUGGUAGCCUAGUGGCUAAGGUGUUGGGUUACCAAUUGGAAGGUUGUGAGUUCAAUUCCUAUGUCCACCAACCUGCCAAUGCUGGGCCCCUGAGCAAGGCCCUUAACCCUCAAUUGUAUAAAAAUGAGAUAAAAAUGUAAGUCGCUUUAAAAUAAGGGCAUCUGCUAAAUGCUGUAAAUGUACACAAUAAUUAUAAUGAUACUAUAACUACAGUCAGUUCCUUUUAGACAUUAAAUCCUACUUUCACUGCAUUAAUGUAUUAUUCUUAUAUGUGUCACCGAAUUGGCCUCUUAUCGUUGUAGUUGUUCUCAAUUUAGGAGAUUUUAUAUCACUGUCGAAUUCUGUUUUUAUUUAACAUUUAUGGAAGGAUUCUUCGGUGUCAGUCGGAGGUCAAGUUCGAACUUUAAGACUCUUUUGUCUGGAGAUGGAGAGAUAAA